AUGAGCACGAAAUUGCAACCACAUCAACACAACGACUCGCAACAACAAAACAUCACAACCAUGAAGCUCAGUACCAUCAUGCUUGGCGCUAACACCCUCGUGGGAACUGUCUCAGGAGAAUUCAUGCCCUUCGUAAACGACUUUGUCUCCGAAGUAAAGCAAUGGGAUGUAGGAAUGUGCGGAUCAACAUCAGAACGCGGUAAUCCGCCCUGGGAAUUCCCCAAACACAACCUCAGACAUAUGAAGAAAGAUUACCUCACGCUGCGCCAAUGCUUCGAGCUCAAAGACGACGCGGAAUCGUUCCAGUACCAGAUGGGAUGGUGGGCUAACACCGUAUGGGCUUACUCUGGCUAUGACUGUCAGGGAGAAGGUGGAGGAUACAAAUUAUCGCCGGGUUGGUGGAAGAUGUUGACGACGGAGUAUCGGUUGUUUGAGGUUUGCUGGAAUACGAACUUCACGUCGGUUACGGCGGGAGGGAAGCGACAUAAUUUCACGAGAAUUAGGUCGAUUAUGAUUGAUUGA